AUGUCUUCCGGGGAAUUGCUUCAGAACGUCGACCCUUCCGAUCUCACUCGAGCGACAUUGGAUCUCAAUGAGGACCUCGUUGGCUCGUUCCCGUUGAUGCCUCUCGACAAAGAAGCUGGGGUCCCAACCGUUAUGUGUUCUGGCUGUUCUACUCUAGACCACUAUCUCGAAGAAGGAAUGACCAUGAAGAGGUGCUCUAGGUGCAAGGGGCCGUGGUACUGCUCAAAAGAAUGCCAGCUGAAAGAUUGGCCCAAGCACAAGCCGAAUUGUCACAAGGUCGAAGGUCCAGGAAUGACCCAGUUCAUUGAAUCCAUCACCAACAACCUAUACACCUCUAUGUGGCUCCGAGUCUACGCUGCUUUCGCGUUCGACAUGUUCGAGAAUUACUGCGACGACAACCCUCCUAUGAUCCACGUCUACCUCUCCGUCGAACCGUCUGACAUCCACGACUUCUUCGCUAUCGUGGAGUCAGAGCCUGAUCUGUCCAAGAAGAUAGAGGGAAUGGUGCAAGUCACUGGUGCCGCAAAAAAUACAGAGAGCGAGGUCUUGACGGGGCUGAGACUGGAUAUAUGGCGGAAAUGUUCUGCAAAGUGUUCGAAGGGCACUAAACUAUUUUUCAUCCAGUUCAUGUGCAGCAGGAGCCCACUUUCGUGGAACUGCUGCAUCCCGCUCACGGAACGUGCACUCAACUACGCCCGCUCGUCGCCCAUGUAUGACUAUCUCACGCCCGAAGGAGAAGCUGAGGCGCCGAUGAACAAGGAUGUAGCUAUUCAAUACUUGAACAAUACCAUCCGUGCAGACCGAGAAAAUCGGUUCAAGCUGAGGACAGACAUGACACAGCUCGACAUAGACGUGAUUCGCGGGCUCGUAGACGGGGAAAACAAGUCAGAUGCCAUUCGCAUGCUCAAACAACAUGUCUUCAGACAUGUGCUAUAUGCCCCCAUUCGUUCUCUCGUUGCUCGCACCCCCGCCUAG